AUCAUUCUGAACAGGCGUUUCGCAGACAACUAUCCACAGGGGUCUUUCCGUCAUCAUAACCACGACAACGCGUGAGAAGUUAAACAAUCGGAAAAGGUCUUCCACCACUGGGUCAGGAUGGGUCGCUCCUCCAAAGACAAGCGGGACAUUUACUACCGUAUGGCCAAAGAGGAAGGCUGGAGAGCGAGGAGCGCCUUCAAGCUCCUGCAGCUCGACCAGGAGUUCAACCUGUUCACAGGUGUGAACAGAGUGGUGGAUUUGUGUGCAGCUCCAGGCAGCUGGAGUCAGGUCCUCAGUCAGAAACUGAGAGGAAGGGAGAAGGGUGAGGGGGCCGGGAAGGUAAAGAUUGUGGCAGUGGACCUGCAGGCAAUGGCUCCUCUGCCAGGAGUCACUCAAAUCCAGGGAGACAUCACCAAGGUAUCGACAGCACAAGAGAUAAUCCGUCACUUUGAGGGUCAGCCGGCCGACUUGGUGGUGUGUGACGGAGCUCCGGAUGUUACUGGGCUCCAUGAUGUGGAUGAGUUCAUCCAGGCUCAGCUCCUAUUGGCUGCUCUGAACAUCACCACCCACGUCCUUAAACCUGGAGGAACAUUUGUGGCCAAAAUCUUUAGAGGGAAAGAUGUGACGCUACUGUACUCUCAGCUGAAGAUCUUCUUCACUGGUGUGACAUGCUCCAAGCCUCGCAGCAGCAGGAACUCCAGCAUCGAGGCGUUCGCGGUGUGUCAGAAUUACUCUCCUCCUGAAGGCUACGUCCCGAACAUGUCCAACCCUCUGCUGGAUAAUUCCUACGAUGUGGACUUUAACCAGUUAGAGGGUCCAAACCGUGUUAUUGUUCCUUUUUUGGCAUGUGGCGACCUCAGUGCUUUCGACUCCGACAGAACCUACCCUCUACAGUUGGAUGCUGGUAAAGAUUAUCAGUACACCCCCCCUACUCAGCCACCCAUCUGCCCCCCCUACCAGCAGGCUUGCCACUUGCGCAAAAACAACCUGUUGUCUAGAGAGGACACUCCUUCCGUCUGUCCCGACCCGAGACCAGAAGACCCAGAGCCAGCGGCUGAGUCAACCUGAUGUGUCUCACCGCUGCCGAGAUAAAGCGUACGUUGUUUUCCCCACGUCGCCAUCGCACUGCUAAGCUAGGCCAAACAUGUUCUGGACCGAUCUCUGUACUAAAUGUUUGCCCAGGUGAGAAUGCUAUCAUUAUUUUGUCUGAUUUUAUGUAGAGAAUAGAUCCUUCAUCUUUCAGUCUAAGGAUGUGUAACAAUUUGAUUUUAAAAAUAAAAGUAAUUUCUUUAAGGCAAACUA